CCAUGGCGCAGGGUCGCUUCAAACUGGCGGCGCGGAAACCGGCUACGGGAAAGUCUCGGAGCGGAGCCCGGGGCCCGAGGAAGGGAGGUCGAGUAAUUGCUCCCAAAAAGAAGCAAGUGAUUCAGCAACAGAAACUAAAGAAGAACCUGGAAGUAGCUAUAAGGAACAAAAUCGAACAUGAUGUCACCAUGAAAGCCAGCUCCAACAUGCCUAAGAAACUCAACAUUGUGAAAGCGCCUCAGAAAAAACGUACGGUAGACAAAUAGGAAAACAACUGGGAAAUGCUUGGAGAAUUUGGAAAAACAGAAGGGAUCCUGCCAGCAGUUGCUAAAUGAGACCUUUUUAAUAGCCCUGACAAUUUGAAUAUUAAAAAUA